AUGAGGCGGCUCUCUCUCCUUCGCCUUCGCCCGCGUCUUUGCUUGUUUCCUCGGUAUCGACUGGUCCAAGAUACAGAUGGAGACGAUGAACUGGAAAAACAACAGGCAGCGCGGUCACUGGUCCACACCUACUCGCCGUACUGGCUGUGGGCCAACGCUGCGCUGUUCGGUCUCUCCAUUGUCGUUUUCGCGGUGUCACUAUGGCUGCAUCUAGCAUCCCGAAAACCGAAUUUCCUCCUCAAGCAGAUUUCUAUGCCGUCCCCCGUCCUAGACGACGUCGAAAUCAAAAUCCAGCCCAAGCGCAUGGACGCCACGCUCCUCGAGUCCUCCCCGCUGAGCAUCUUCCGCCAGGAACCGAGCGACGAGGUGGACCACGCAUGGAGGCAACUGGGCGACACGCGGCCGAUCCCCCUGACGCGGGAGCAGGUGCUCGCCAUCGGGAAAGAUCCGCAGCAGGCGGUGCGUAUCCCCGAGAGCUGGGGGUUAGGGCCGGACAUGUACGCGGGACGCAUCGACGUUUUCCACCAGAUCCACUGCCUGGACAGUCUACGCCGGGAGGCGUAUUUCGAGCACUACUACGGCAGUAAGUAUCCCGGGGGAUUCAACGACACGACGCCGAUGCAUCGGCUGCAUCUGUCGCACUGCGUGUACCUGCUUCUGCAGAACAUCCUCUGCAACGCGAACACGGACGUCUACACGCAUUUCUGGACGGAUACGCUGCACCAUCCGUUCCCGGAUUUCAAUAUCCACCACCAGUGUCGCGAUUUCGAGGCUGUGCGGGACUGGCAGAAUCGGCAUGCGCUGGAUGAGGAGGCCUUUGUGGCGUUGCGCAGGCCUGAUGACUAUGGCCCGCCGCAUGUCAUGUCCCAUCGGUUUAAGGAGGUUCAUGGGUUUUUUCGCAACCAUGAGGAUUAUGGUCAGGAUGUGGAUGGUGAGAUUGGGUAG